AUGAUUAAAGGUAAUGCAGAUAUUGUAAAAUAUCUGUUGGACGAAUGUGACCCCGACGUUGAACAAAACGGAUUCUUUAAAGCACCCACCUGGGAAAGUGGAAUUGAAGCUCCGUCUUUAUGGUGUGCGACAGGUCUUGAAAAUGGGCUUGAUAUAAUAAAACUUCUGACUGAACAUGGAGCAGACGUGAAUGGACUGACCAGUGUAAAGUCGACACCAUUAAUAUCGGCAUGUGGGUCGCUAAAUAUGCCUAUGGUAGAAUAUCUCGUAGAACAUGGUGCAAACCUCAGAAAUAUUACAGAAAAAGGAUAUUCGUGUUUAAUGGCAGCUGUAGAUAACACAGAACUAUGUGCAUAUCUUAUUUCUAAAGGAGCAAGUGUUAACGCUUCAAGUGUGGAUGGAUAUACGGCCUUACAUCAUGCUGCACACUCUCAUAAAUUAGAAACCGUGAAGUUAUUAUGUCGAAAUGGAGGGUCAAUGACCGCCAAAACAAACUAUGAAGAAACGCCCCUUAAAAUCGCUGCUCUCAGAGGUAGUUCAACUGUUAUAAAAUACUUUCUAGACACUUAUGAAUUUCCAGUCGAAGAAAAAUGCGAUGCUUUUGAUUUGAUUGGUUGUUCUUUGGUGGAUGAUGAUAUUACACGUUGUGUUUUAAUGUGGGAAACAGCAUUAAAGCUGCGUUUUGAAUUGAUAAAUACUAUUACCAACACUGACAGGGAGGUAAAACCGGUAUCUUUCUUGAAUCGUGCAGUUGAAGUUAUGUCAGUAGAAACUUUACGUCAACUGACUGAUCCAAAUGACUUUUACAUGCAAGCACUGCUAAAAUAUUCCCGGAUUUAUGGCGAAAAUCAUCCAGUUACAAUCGGGAAGAUCAUUUUUCGUGGUGCUCUUUAUGGCGAUAAUGGUUGUUACCAGCGAUGCGUCGAACUAUGGAAAUACGCUUACACCCUAAGGUUAAAACUAGACGAUCCUCUAAAUGCUGACACUAUUCAAAGUGCGAUAAGUUUAGUUGAUAUGAUUUGUGAAUUGGAAACAAAAUGGGUUAACAAGAAAACAACAGAACAGAUUCAGACGACGGACGUAUUUGAUGUCUUCAAAAUGAUUGUUCGUCAGAUUGAAGGCGGCAAAAAUGUUCUCACCAAACGCCCAUUAACCAUUAUUGAACAAGGAAAUUUGCAGUGCCUAAUGCAGUUAACACUACAUUUAAUUCGACUUUUCCAGUUUAUUGGUGGUAGCGUGGUUGAGCGUGUUAACUUUAUAGAACAAGUUGCGUACUUGAUUCAACUUGAUCCCAGGGGAAUAAAUAAUCAGACAUUAUUACACUUAGCAGUAGAUCCCAAUAUAUCUAAAGUAGGGAAUGUUUCUCUGAUGACAUUUCCCUCAGUUUAUGUGGUGGAUAUACUGUUGGUCUGUGGAGCUAAUACUAACACCCGGAACGAUGAUGGUUACGAUCCACUAAGAAAUAGCAUUAAAUUUUCAGACCUGUCUUCUGGAAAGGUUGAAAACUAGAGA